AUGAUUUAUACCUUAGUGAGUGUUGCGACUUUGUUCACAGUUUUAUAUUUCUACUUCACUAGGACUUUUGAUUAUUGGAAGAAAAGAAUUGUUGCCGGACCCAAACCGCUCCCUUUCUUCGGUAACCUUAAAGAUUCGUUUCUUAGAAGGAAGUCUAUUAUUAUGGUGUAUAGCAGCAUUUAUGAAACAUUUCCUAACGAAAAGGUCGUUGGUAUUUAUAGAAUGACAACGCCGUGCCUUUUAUUGCGUGAUCUAGAUGUUAUUAAGAAUGUGAUGAUAAAAGAUUUCGAAUUAUUCGCUGAUAGAGGAAUUGAAUUCAGUGAUGAAGGUCUUGGUGUCAACUUGUUCCAUGCUGAUGGCGACAGAUGGAGAGUUUUAAGAAACCGUUUCACUCCACUCUUCACAUCGGGUAAGCUGAAGAACAUGUUGAUUCUUAUGUCUGAAUGUGGAGAUAAAUUCCUUAAUUAUCUCGAAGACAUUUGUCAGAACCAACCAGAACAAUCGAUGCAUCUCGUGUUCCAACAUUACACAAUGUCGUCUAUCGCUGCUUGUGCCUUCGGCGUUGACAUAGAUAAAGAUAUGGAGAAAACUUUGGAGAAAAUUGACAAAUUAGUUUUUUCUGUAAAUUACGGUAUCGAACUCGACAUGAUGUAUCCUGGGAUAUUAAAAAAGUUCAAUAGCUCGCUCUUUCCUAAUUAUGUGACCAAAUUUUUCGAGAACUUGACAAAGAAUGUGAUCGAACAAAGACGUGGAAUGCCAUUAAAUAGGAAAGACUUUAUCGAUUUAAUUUUAGAAUUGAGACAAAAGAAAAUCAUCGAAGGAGCAAAAAGAAGUGAGACAGAAGACAUUAAGGUAGUUGAACUAACAGACAGUAUUAUAGCAGCUCAGACAUUUGUAUUCUACGUGGCCGGCUAUGAAACAGGCGCUUCCGUUCUUUCGUAUCUGUUCUACGAACUGGCAAAGAAUCCAGACAUACAAGACAAACUCAUUGCAGAAAUAGAUAACGUUCUUAAAGAUUUUGAUGAACUAAAUUACGAAUGUCUGAGCAAAAUGACGUAUAUGGGUCAAGUGCUAGAUGAAACAUUAAGGAAAUAUCCGAUGGGAGAUCUUUUAUUGCGGAACGCUAAAACUGAUUAUACGAUACCAGAUACUAAUGUUACUAUAGAACAAAGGCAAACUAUAAUUGUAUCAGCUUGGGGUAUUCAUCAUGACCCUAAACACUACCCUGAUCCAGACACAUUUGAUCCAGAACGUUUCAAUCCAGAAAAUGUGAAAAACAGACAUUCUUGCGCAUAUCUAGCAUUUGGUGUUGGUCCUAGGAAUUGUUUAGGAAUACGCUUUGCUAAAUUGCAGUCUAGAGUGUGCAUCGUGAAAUUUUUAUCAAAAUUCCGGGUAGAGAUUUCAAAGAAAACUCCUUCAACAUUUAAAUACGAUGCAAUGCGUUUGUUUGCAUUUCCUGUAGAUGGUAUUUAUCUUAAUAUUGUACGAAGACAAGUUUAAAUGAUACUUAAUACUACUGUAUACUAUAAUACGAGUACAUACUUUAUAAUAACUAAUGAAGUUUAGCAUAGAUAUAGAGGAUAGUCUGGA